ACUUCCGGAGCAGCAUGGCCACCACCGAGGACGACAGGCUGGCGGGGAGCGGAGAAGGAGAACGGCUGGAUUUCCUGCGGGACCGGCACGUGCGGUUCUUUCAGCGCUGCCUCCAGGUCUUGCCGGAGCGGUAUUCCUCGCUGGAGACCAGCAGGUUGACAAUUGCCUUUUUUGCACUCUCUGGGCUGGAUAUGCUGGACUCCUUGGAUGUGGUGAACAAAGACGAUAUAAUAGAGUGGAUCUACUCCCUGCAGGUUCUUCCCACAGAAGACAGUGAGGUCAAAUCUGAGUCGCUGUGGUUUCCGAGGUUCUUCAUACCUGGGUAUUCCAUUCAAUCCAUCAAAGAAUCCAGGAGCAGCCCAUCCUUACGACAGUGGACACAUAGCGAUGACGUACACGGGGCUUUCCUGUCUGAUCAUCCUUGGAGAUGACUUAGGCCGUGUGGAUAAAGAGGCUUGCUUAGCAGGCUUGAGAGCGCUUCAGCUGGAAGACGGGAGCUUCUGUGCGGUUCCUGAAGGCAGUGAGAAUGACAUGAGGUUUGUGUACUGCGCAUCCUGCAUUUGCUAUAUGCUCAACAACUGGUCGGGCAUGGAUAUGAAGAAAGCCAUCAGCUACAUUAGAAGAAGUAUGUCCUAUGACAAUGGGCUGGCCCAGGGAGCAGGCCUUGAGUCUCAUGGAGGAUCCACCUUCUGUGGCAUUGCGUCACUGUGCCUGAUGGGUAAACUGGAAGAAGUUUUUUCAGAGAAAGAACUGAACAGGAUAAAGAGGUGGUGCAUAAUGAGGCAGCAGAACGGGUACCACGGGAGGCCUAACAAGCCCGUCGACACCUGCUACUCCUUCUGGGUGGGCGCAACACUGAAGCUUUUGAAAAUUUUCCAGUACACUAACUUUGAGAAGAAUAGGAACUACAUCUUAUCAACUCAAGAUCGCCUUGUUGGGGGAUUUGCUAAAUGGCCAGACAGUCAUCCAGCUCAGGAUCACCUGCCUAGUGAUGUUACUAACCAGAGUGGGCCAAGCCCUCCUACAUUCAGCAGGAAUCAAGACAGUGCCCCACAAACAUGGUCACAGAUGCUUUGCACGCGUACUUCGGGAUCUGCGGCCUGUCACUCAUGGAGGAGAGUGGGAUUUGUAAAGUGCACCCUGCUCUGAAUGUAAGCACACGGACUUCCGAGCGCCUCCGUGAUCUCCAUCAAAGCUGGAAGACCAAGGACUCCAAACAGUGCUCAGACAAUGUCCACAUUGCCACCUGACUAACCCUGGGGUAUUGGUUUUGUAGCAUAAGUGUAGCUCAAGGUUAAAAGCCAUGUGUAACCAAGUGUGCUCUUCUUUAAGGGGUAGUUUUAAAAGUCAAAAGCUUGUACUGCUAAUACUUCAGCAUGGGCUCUUGAGCCAGUAACCACUGUACUGGACUUCAAGAAAAUCCUUGUUGAAGUUUGGACAUUAGCAGGACUCUGGUAUGGUUCUUAACUGUUUAUGUUGUGUUUCUGAGAUGUUUCAUGGGGCAGAUUGACUAUAUGUUUGUAGGUUAUCUUCCUAAAACCCUCAGUACAAGUUCUGGCUUACAAAAUGGACACAAAUCUUCAAAACAAGUUUACAUUUCAUAUGGCAUUGAUAAUCUUCAGUGAGAUUUAAUGUUCACUUAAAAAAUCUCUACUGCUGAUGGUAAGAAAUUUGCUUGUUGAAUUAAGUAUCUGGGAUUAUUCUUUAAAAAUUGACAGUCUCAUAAUUUUCUUAAAGAAUAACAUAUUUUGUGUUAUUCUUAAGGUGUGCCAACUAAACAUGUGUAAGGUAUACAAAUACAAAUGAAAAGUCCAUAUAAGAAAAAAGUAGGCUUAACUAAUACUAUAGUUUUCUAAAGGGAGAGUAUUAUCUAACUGAGGGAGAAGUAAUUGAACUGUUUAAUUAUGAAUGAAAAGUUUUAUGUCUUUAUUAGAGAUUCCUUAGGUGAAUACCUGUUGUGUUUUGUUUUCAUCUCAAACCAUUGACUGCCAUUUGUCUGGGGCAAGGGAAGAAACAAUCUUCGCUCUCUAGAGAAAGACAUUCAGUGUUUUAUUCUUCUGAGAAACUGUAAAUUAUACUUGUAUGGCUAUAGCUGAGUUCUUUUUAGUUGCUUAGAUUUUUUUUCCCCAGUGUUUUGUGGCCAUUAUAGUUAACUGUUUUAUUUCCCAUCUACCAGGUUGAGCAUCCUUAAUCCAAAAUCCAAUGUCUGGGUCAGGCAUAGUGGCGUAUGCAUUUAGUCCUAGUACUUAGGAGGUAGAGGCAACCAGAUCUGUUUGAGAUCAAGGCCAGUCUGGUCUACAGAGUGAGUUCCAGGCCAGCCAGAGCAAUAUAAUCAGACCCUGUCUCGAAAAACAAAACAAAAUAAAACAAAACAAUAACAACAACAACAAUAAUAAAAUCCAGUAUCUGAAAUGCUCCAGAAUCCAAAAUUUUAAACUGACAGCGUGACACAAUUGGAAAAUUUCACUCUUUAUAUGAUAGGUCACAGGUAAAUUUCAGAGACACUGUAAAUAGUGUAUAAAACUACUUGAAACUAAUGAAUACAGUGUAUGAAAUAAGUACACUCCGUAUUUAGACCCGGAUGUGUAUAUGCAAAAUCUGAAAACAGAAUCUAAACUCUGAAACAUUACUGUUGGUUCCAAGCAUUUUGGAUAGUGAUACUCAACCUGUAAAUACUUUUCUAAUGUUUUUAAGUUUGGUAAAUCUUUAAAUAUAAACAGAAUCACUGAAGUAUACAUAGUCAUUUAUAUUUUUAUAUUUUUGGCUAAGCGGGGUUGGAGGGAAAUAUAUUCAUUUUGAGGGAUAAACUAGGGUUUUACUUACUCGUUGUCGUCUUGUUUUAUUGCCUUAGUUCUAUGAACUAACAACCAAAUGGAGAUGGUGUAAAACCUUUGUUAGCAACCAACAUGUCACAUUAAAUUACAUCUUUGACUUGGUGACAAGAAGGAAAUUUCUUCAGUAGAAGAAAUGGGUGUGUUAGUUUUGGUAGUAAUCAGAGUUGUAUUAAUCAACAGACAUCAUUGUAAAAGCUAAAUUACUAGUGUCCAUGGGUAGAUAAUAGCAUUUUCAUUUAUUUCCUAAAUUAAAGAGAUAUUUCCUACAUAACAGUUCUUCUAAAGGGAAACCUGGCAUAUGAUUAAAAAAUACAUCUCUUGUCAGCUUGGCUUAGACUUGAGUUUCUAGUGCUGGGAGUCUAGCUCACUGCCUGAUACGCACAAAGCCCUGAGUUCCCUGGCUUUGAUCCUUGGCCCUCAAACUAACAAACCAACAAAUCCUAGUUAGAAAUAAGUCUUCCCGUAGUAGAGGACAAAGCUUUACCAAGAAAUGUUGUCCUCUCAUGAGUUUUUCCAGUUGCUUCUAUUUAAUCUCAAUAUUAAUCAUUCCCAUCUCAAACUGAGUUAUCUCCUAGACAUGAGAGGAGCUGAAGGAGCGUGUUGAGAUGCUAUAGGAGUGUUUCAAGGCAGUGCUUUUCCUGAGCUGCCAUUAGUUGUUAAAACGUAAGAAACAUGUUAUUGCCAGGUGGUGGCUCAUGCCUUUAAUCCCAGCACUCAGAAGGCAGAGGCAGGCCGAUCUACAGAGUCAGUUCCAGGACAGCCAGGGCUACACACAGAAAUUUUUGUCUCAAACAACAACAACAACAACAACAACAACAAAAAGUGACUACAAAAUAGAUUUAUAACAUAAAAGUAAUUUAUAUUUUCACACUUCUUGAAUAAUUUACUAGCAAAGGAAUAUUAAUGGCAGAAUGAUUCUAAUAUAUCGAAGAGAUAAGGGUCCAUGUGAUAAGGACUAGUGAAUGUUCAUGUUUCAUAGAAACCAACCAAAAAAUACUGAGUUGUUAAUGAAGUAUGGAAAAAUUGUUUCUAGCUUUUCCUAAAUAGUUAUGUAUAAGGAAAAUAUUUAUUAAUAAAUUAUAAGCACCAUAUAUAAUGUUUUCUAGAAGUAGUGGCAGAGGAAGAGGAAGAACACGUAGCUCAGAUGUACAGCACCAUUCGCUCCUCACCAGCCUCUCCUCCUCUUACUGUACUUUCUGAAGACUAGCAAGAAACAUUUAUUUAUCACCUAUGUUUUUAGCUUUGACCUGUAAUAUUUGUUUUUAUUAGGUUUUAAAAUAUGUAGCUAUAAGUAAUUAAGUUCAAAUAUAAAUUUUGCUGACAAUGGUAUAAUUUAAGAAGUGAUAGACACCGUGAGAAGGAGGUUAUCUGAAGCUAGAUGGUUUGCAGCUUAUCUGUCUAUUGAGCAGCACGAUUUUGGACCCAGUUCUGCCACUGGAAAGAUGAAGUCAUAGAAUUUCAUUCACUGAGCUGAGUCAGAAAUGAAUGAGGUGGUCUAUGUGAAAAGCACUUUGGGUAGAGCAGAUAUCUAACUAUAGUUUCAUGUGAUCAUAAAAGUCUCUGGGACAAUAGAGCUCUUAACAGCAUUUAAACUGAAGGAAGAUGCUGCCAAUGGUGUAGGGUUUUUGUUUUUGUUUUUUUUUUGGGUUUUUUUUGCAACAGAAGGAGUAGCAAGUAUAGCCAUGGUCACUGCAGAACUAGGUGACAGGUGGUCCCCCACGAGCCUCAGAACACAAGUGAAAGAACAGAUGUGUGGGGGAUGUAGGCGAAAGCAGCCGUAGUCUGACUGACGCCUUGUAGAUGGGAGCAUUGCAAUAUUCUUAGGUCAAAGGACAGUGGGCCAAUCCGAAAAUAAUGGCGACACUCAGAAGAGCUCUACAGAUUCCUGUCAGUGGGCUGGGGAGUGUUGAAAUAGUGGGAUGGGGGCCUGGCCUGUUACUAUACACCUUUUGAAAUUAAUGAGGAAAAACAUAGCACUGGGAAGUAAUUGCUAGAAUUGAAUCCAGAUUGCACAGGAUAGGCAUGAGACAUAAAGAAGAGGCAGCUAAAAUAACUGUUGGGAGGAAAAGCCUGUAAAUCUAGAUGCAUACAUAUAUGCCUCCAUAUUCAUUUAAAUCACAGGGAAUGGAAGGGAGCUAGAAAGAUGGAGCCAUUUUCUAGAGCAACCCUUCCUUCAAGACAGUGACUUCACGGAAAGUCAAAUGUAAGAAUGCAGUCGGUUCCUGAUGGUAAAAUAAGAGAGCAGCUCCUCACAGACAGGAGCACAGAAGGCACUGCAAGGCCCCUGCGACAUCACCCUUGAAAAGGCAGUCAGCGCAUUUCUGAGUUCCAGGCCAGCCUGGUCUACAAAGUUCCAGGACAGCCAGGGCUACACAGAGAAACCCUGUCUUGAAAAACCAAAAAAAAAAAAAAAAAAAAAAAAGGAAAAGGUAAAAGAAAGAAAGAAAGAAAGGAAGGAAGGAAAGGAAGGAAGGAAAGGAAGGAAGGAAGGAAGGAAGGAAGGAAGGAAGGAAGGAAGAAAAAAAAAAGACAAGACAGUAACGUGGAGAAUAGAGUUUGCAGUGAUGCCCGUGGUCUCAGAAGUGGAGCAAGGAGCAAAACAAAGCAAAGCAGAGAAAGGAGGUAGGAAAGAUGAAAGCAGGAGGCAAUUAGUCUAAGGGCAAGAAAUUCAAAAGCUGCUUGGCAUGGUGAGGAUGCUCAGGGAAACAGUCCAUUAGCCAACCUCCUAAGAGACAGGAGAGGCAUGGAGGAAACUUUAAGUGAGACGGAGAAUGGGUUGUUAAACAACUGUUUCCAGUUGCCAGAGGAAUCUCACACAAAUUAAGAGAUGAAGUUUUUAGAGAAAAAUACUAAGUAAUAAAAUUUAAUACAGAGACUACAACUGCCAUACUGAAAUGCAAAUAGAAGACCAUUGUACAGGCUUGGGGGACUGAGGACUCUCAAUGUUGCUUUAAUAAUUUCAGAAGCUAGAGAAGGGGUCUUGAAUCUUAAAUUACUACAUAAAGGAAAUGUUUUUCCAUAUUUACUUUGUAUAGUUGGUAUAAUAACAGUGAUUCGAAAACCACAAUAAAGAUGAUAAAGAUUGUGUGAAAAAGGAGAUAUUUGGUAAGUGUGGCUUGCUCCUGUCUCCAGAGCCCAGGCAGUCGCUCUUUCAGGAGCGUUUGCCCCUCCGUCCUGAGGCCUGAGUUGAAUCUGCAGCACUCAGGUCAAACUGGUCCUGAGGUUGAGCCCUUGUUCCCAGCUCAGGGAAGGCAGAGCGAGGCAGAUUGCUGGUGUGUUGGUUAGCCAGCCCAGCCUAACUGAUGAGCUGCAAAUCCCCUGUCUAGAAAAUAAGGUGGGGCAGAUGAGCUGUUUCAGUUAGUGGAGGCUCUUGCUCUACAAGCCUGGCAACCUGGAUUUGAUUUCCUAGAACCUGUGUAAAGUGGAGGGAGAAAACCAACUCCACAGAGUUGUCCUAUGACCUCCAUAUGCAUGCCCAUGACAUGUGUUACCCCCCACCCCACACACACACGCACACAAAUACCAAACUUUAAUCCAACGUGAAAAGCUGAAAAACAGCUGAGGUUGACCUCAAGCCUUCACAUAUCUGCAAAUACAAACAUAAGUAUCAAUUAUCAAUACAAGUUAUUCAGUAAUUUGUUAGGCCCACAGCUCAGUCGCACUUGAAAGAAAGAAUAAAAUCAUGGCUCAUUUGAGUUUAUGUUAGGAGUGCAAGGAUAAUUCAAUUUUAGACAGUCUUAAUCUGGUGUUAAAAGACAUUUGAUUUGAUAGAAUUAAGCACUCCUAUUAGGAGCUGAUCUAUAAUUCACUGGCAUGGCAACUCCUCCCUAGAGGCAAGCUUCUUACCAUUGAAACCAAAGAGCCUUUCUGACAGAGCCAGGCUAUGCUUAACUGUCUCCUCUACUACUUAACACCACACUGGGACUUUUCACCAAGGAAGUCAGAGAAAAGACACGAAUCAGGAAGGGCUCAAGCUUGGCACAUAGGAUCAUCUACUUGAAAAAACAAACCAAAAAAGAAGCUAAGUGGCUGCUGUAGUUACCAUGCAGGCAGCAGUAGGAUUUAGCAGACCUGGGCAUAAGGCCUUCAUUUCCACAGUUUCAGAUUGGGCUAAGUGGUGUCUGAAAUCUCUCUCUUUCAGCAACUUCCUCCCUGCCCAAAAGUAAACGCUAUCAGGACUGGCUCGAUCAGGACUGGCUAGGGCCACCUGUUUGUGUACAACGUGUGCUCUGUACAAGUGCAGCCAUGUGGAAUACACUGGAUUUUACUUGGCUUCUUUGCCCUCGAAGAGAACGCAAGGGCUCUCUGGUGCUGGUAGUGUUUGUUUUUGAUCUAGGUGCUGGUUACAUGGGUGCAUUCUACAUUUUAUGAGUAUUUACCAAGCUGUUCAAUCAGUCAUGCUUUGCGUGCUGUUCUGUAUUGUAAAUACAAUUCAAUAAAAAUGUUUAGUUUAAAAAGAUUAUCUAUCUACCUACAUUCAUAUCUAUCUACAUAAACCUAAACAGUUUAGAAGACAAACUGCAAGACCUCUCUUUGUGAUUACUGAAACCGAAAGACUUGUGUAUGAACUCAAUAAAACAUGUCUAAAACUA